ACAUACAACUUCGCUUCGGGUCGAAACGACAUUGAAAUAGAGCUUGCGACGUUAUUAACUCAAGUAACUGAAUCAGUAUUGUUUAUAUACAACAGCUGAUUUUAAUUUUGACGUUUGUUGUUCGUUGUAGAGUAGUAUUUGUAUGAUUAAGUUUAACCAUACCUCCUAAUUAUAAAUUUUAUAUUAAAAUUCGAGUGAUUUAACCUGGAAAUUGUUGGGAAAAGUCGAUAUGUCGUCUGUUAUCAAAGUGGUGAGAACGGUUGGGCCUAAAUUGGUGCCAUUUUUUAAAACCGUUGCUAUAUAUUUCGUAAUAUUCAUUCCACAAGAUAAACCUUCGUUUUUCAGUUUAAUAUUAAAAUGUCUGCCGAUAAUCAGUCUGAUGUUGUUCGUUUUACUUAACGGAAUGAGCUUGGGAGAUGAAUACAGAUAUUCCCGAAGAAUUCUUACCGGGUUGAUAUUCUGUUGUAUUGGAGAUGCUCUUUUAAUAUGGAAUCAAUAUUUUGAUUUAGGAAUGUUGGCUUUUAUAAUAGGACACCUUCAAUACAUACUAGCUUUCGGUUUCAAACCAUUACAAAUACCUUUAGCUAUAGUUUUGUAUACUUUAGGCACUAUGGUUGUACUUUAUCUACUGCCAGAUUUACAGGGUGUGAUCACAUUCGGUGUUCCUAUUUAUAUUUUUGUAAUAACGACGAUGUUAUGGAGGGCUUCUGCUAGAGUACAAUUUUUUGAGGAUUUAUGGACGUGGAGCAAACUUUGUUCUUGUGCUGGUAGCAUCUUGUUUGCUUUUUCCGAUUUACUCAUCGGUAUCGACAGAUUUAAAUUCAAAAUUGAUCAUAUACAGGCAUUGGUAAUGUCCACGUACUACGCUGGACAAUUUGGUAUAGCGGUAAGCGUAGUAGAUGCUACGGCUUCGUUAAACGUAAACAAAAACAAGAAAAAAUCAACGUAGAUAAUAAGAAAUAAAAAUUGAAAAAUAGCUCAAAUGUAGGCCAAAAUUUAUUAAUCUGUAUAAAAAAAAUCCAACUAGAUGUCGGAUCUGAAUUAUAUUUGUUAUUUAUAUUUUCUACAUUUUUGUAGUUCAAGUGUUUACCAUACAUUUGAUUUUUUUUUCAAAAUUCUAACAAUAUUUUUCCAAAAAAACGUAUCUUCCACUUUUGUAAUUAUAGAUUUUAUCGUUUAUAAGCACUUUUUACCCCUAUUUACUAUCUCAAUUGGUUCCUAUAAAUAUCGAAAUAACAAGAAUUAACUUUGUAUAUAGGGUGAUUCAUAAUUUUGGAGAUGUAAAAAAAAGUUGAGGUUAUUUUAUUAUAACAAAGUUUCUUAAAACUUUUUCAAUCUAAAAAUGAAAAAAAAAUGAAGUAUGUCUCAAAUUUUAACAAUUAUACGUCGAUAUAUACCAUUUCAUCUUUCGUAUACACUUUCAUACAUAAAAAUAAUUCCUCGUAGAAUUUCCUAUUGCAUAUUAAAUUUACUAUUCCUUUAUUAUAGUGAUGCAUUUGAUUUUGUUUACGAAAUUGAUGAUUAAUAUAUAUUAUCCAAUACCUUUAUCUUCCAACAAAGAAACAUUUUUAUUAAAACAAAAUCUUAAAAUUCAUAACUGAUACGAACUUCUGUGAACAUUCAAAUUUCGCGCCGUUAGUAAAAUUUCAUUGUCAUGAAAUUAGUAGUUGUACUUUACACUCCAAGGUGGCGCCAAUUUAGUUAGAAUUAAUAAUAGUGUCGUGAACCAUCUAAAUAUAGAUAAUCUCUGGCACUUCAUUUUUAUGUCAUUUGUCAUAAUAAAAUGAGAAUUUAAUAGAAAAUAUAUUUCUAAAAAUUACGUAGAUUACAGUUUUUAAUUAUUAAGGUGUAUUUUUUGUGUAUGUGCCUAUUCAUAUCAUCAAAGUAAAGUCUUCUUAAUGUUUUUAUUAUUCUUGAAGCUUUUCAUUAAAUAAUAUAUUUAGAGUUUAGUAUUAUAAAAUUAAUAUAAAUAUAUACAUCCUUAAAAUAUAAACAUCUACUGUUGAUUAUAUUUUUUAAUUCGUCAAAAAUAUAAUAAUAAACAAUUGGGUAACCCGUUAUUACAAUAUUUAGAUUUAAAAAUUGUUUCGUCAUUUUAUAAUGAAUUCAAUAAUAAUUACGAAAUUAUUUUUCUAAUUAUAUGAGACGAUUUGAUUUAGAUGUUAAGUUUCAACAGAUUUUAAUAACAUGUUUUAAAUGUUUCUUUAUCGCGAUUUUAGAUUUUACUAGAACAUGAAAAAUAAAAAGGUAAACAGACGAUGAUGUUCCUCCGUGUUUUAUAUUGUCUGUAUAUUUUGAAAAGUUCAAAAUUUAGUGCUCAAAAAUAAAGAUCUGUUUACUUUAGUAUUAUUCAAAAUAACAGUAUAUUUAUGUUUUGAUUUAAUUCAAAUUGAUUCCCGAGGAUAUUUUACUUCUUUAUUAAUUUUACUUUCAAUUUGUAUUAUUUUAUUAACGAAAAUAUUGUUUUGUUUUUGAAACCCAAUUUAUACAUAUUAGACUGCACUAAAAUAGACUUUUUGUAUCUGUGAUUAAAUAUUUCCCUAUAUGUAAGAAAUAAAUAAAGGUGUAGCAAGUUAAA